AUGGCGGAAGCACGGCCGAGCUCCAGCAUCAUCCUGCUCUCCCCCACCAACCAGGUCCUGCUCCUCCACCGCGUGCAGACCUCGUCGUCCUUCCCGUCAGCCCACGUAUUUCCAGGCGGGAACCUCUCCCCCUUCCACGAGCCCCCGCCCCCGCCGGCGGACUCGCCAGACCGCCACCGCGACUCCCCGGCCUACCGCCUCGCCGCGGUGCGCGAGACCUUCGAGGAGUCCGGCAUCCUCAUCGCCAAGCGCUCCCCGGCGGACGACAACCUGCUCGUCGUCCCGGAGGCCGAGCGCGAGGCCGCCCGGGGGCAGAUCCAUGGCGACAGGGUGAAGUUCACCGAGUGGGUGGAGCACACCCUCGGGGCGGCGCUGUGCGUCGACGACCUGGUCCCCUUCACGCGCUGGGUCACCCCGCCGAACAUGCCCAAGCGCUUCACGACCCAGAUGUACAUCUACUUCAUGCCGCUGGCCGAGUCACCCGGGACACCUGCCGCUGGAGAUUGUGGGCCCGUAGACGUGGACGUCGUUCAGACUCCCACCCCCGACGGCGGCGUCGAGCACACGGCGGCCACCUUCGCCGACGCGUCCGAGUGGCUGCGCAGGCAGCGCCGCGGCGAGAUCGUGCUGUUCCCGCCGCAGUGCUACCUCCUCACCCUCGUGGCGGAGGUUUUCGCCUCGGUGUCGCCUGAGAGCGUGGGCAACGACCUGGAGGCGAGGUACGCGGCCCAGCGCCGGGCCCUGGUGGACUUCGUGCGCAGGAAGCCCACGGCUGGUGAGGCUGCGGUGGAGGGGGGCAAGAGUCUACACCCGUCGGCGCUGAUACCGUGGUCGGAGAAGGUUAUGAGCCCACACACUUUAUUCAUCCGCGAUAGUGAUGACAGGAUCGUCCUCGGGAUUGACAAGCCUGGCCCGGAGCUGAAAGGGAGCGGGGCGGGCGGUGACUUUGAGAGGGUCGUGUUGGUCAAGUUCGCCAAAGGGGGCCCCCAGGACGUCGAGGUUAGGGGAAGAGACGAAGUCUUGAGGGAAGAGAAAGCUCUUAAAGAGAAGGCCAAAGAGGCCGCGAAGUUAUAG